AUGGAUGAAGAAAUAAAUCUAACAUAUAUAACUCUAAGUGGGUAUGUAGAAGUUGAAAAAUACAGAUAUGUUUAUUUUGUAAUUAUUUUUACAGUAUAUAUUCUAAUAAUCUGCUGUAAUUCUACUAUUGUGUGUCUUAUUGUGAUUCACAAAAACCUCCAUGAGCCUAUGUACGUUUUCAUUGCAGCUUUGUUAGUGAACUCUGUUCUUUACAGCACUACUAUCUACCCAAAGCUUUUGGUGGACUUUUUAUCAGAAAAACAGAUCAUAUCGCACCCACUGUGUCAUUUUCAGUAUUUUAUAUUUUACACUUUAGGGGGUUCUGAGUUUUUACUGUUGUCAGCCAUGGCCUAUGACAGGUAUGUGUCUAUAUGUAAACCUCUACAAUAUCCAACCGUCAUGACAAAAACUACUGUCAGUGUUUUCUUGGUUUUAGCUUGGCUUCUGCCUGCCUUUCAGGUUGCAGGGUCAGCUACACUGAGUGCUAACAGAAAACUCUGCAGCUUCACUUUGAAAGGAAUUUUUUGUAACAAUUCAGUUUACAAACUUCACUGUGUGAGCUCAAGGGCGCUGUCUGUGUAUGGUGUGAUUGUUUUGCUCAAUAUUGUAUUUUUUCCUAUGCUUUACAUCGUUUUUACAUACAUCAGGAUACUGAUCAUAUCCUAUAGGAGCUGUAGAGAGGUCAGGAAAAAAGCUGCACAGACCUGUUUACCUCACCUGCUGGUUCUAAUCAGUUUUUCAUUAUUGUGUACAUACGAUAUCAUUAUACUUAGACUAGAAUCAGAUUUUCCGAAAACAGCACGUUUAAUCAAUGACUUUACAAGUGGUUUUAUAUCAUCCUCUCUUUAA